AUAUCUGUCAUUCGAAGCUUGACGUGUACUUUUGCCACAGUUCCAGCGAGCGGUUCGUCGAAGAAUGCUGUUUCGUUGAUUUCUCUUGGAGACUGGCUAGUGUUUCUGUGAUUUUUUUUGCAACGGGUGACGCGUGUCAACAACAACUGGACACGAAUCCCAUCCAAGAAGGGAUGUCUGAUAAAAAGAAAGUAAUCAUUGCGGCCGUGGGCAUUUUUGUGUGCUAUUUCUACUUCGGCAUUAUCCAGGAGAAGAUCACUCGAGGCAGGUAUGGAGAUGAACUGCAGGAAGAUGGAACCCGAGGAGAACGGUUUACCUUCAUGCUGGCACUGGUAGGCGUGCAAUGUAUCUGCAAUUGGGUUUUCGCCAAGGCAAUACUUAUGGUAAAGCCACAGAGUCAAGACACUACACCUAAGGUGUACUAUGCGUCCAGUGCUUUGACAUAUUUGUUGGCCAUGAUCAGCUCGAACAUGGCCCUCAGAUGGGUUGCCUAUCCGAUGCAAGUGGUGGCCAAAUCGGCCAAACCAAUUCCGGUGAUGCUGUUGGGCGUUAUGUUCGGCAGGAAGUCCUACACUGCACAGAAAUAUAUGUUCGUGCUGUUGAUUGUUGUUGGAGUGGUGCUGUUCAUGCUCAAGGAAGGCAAAACUAGCACCAGUCCUUUAGAGAAGGAAGGCUUGGGGCAGCUACUGCUGAUAAUGAGCCUGAUUAUGGAUGGAUUGACCGGUGCCGUACAAGAACGAAUGCGCCAGCAUAGCUCUCCCUCUGCCCAACAUAUGAUGAUGGCCAUGAACGGUUGGAGUACACUGUUUCUCAUCCCUGCGCUGUUCCUCACAGGUGAGGCCAUGGAGUUCAUCGCAUUUGCCACCAAGUACCCGCAGAUGCUGGGACAUCUGGCCACGCUGGCACUGGCCGGUGCCUUAGGCCAGUUGUUCAUCUUCAUGAUGGUAUCAUCAUUCGGAGCGCUGGCUUGCUCUGUGGUAACAACUACGCGAAAGUUUUUCACCGUACUGUGCUCGGUUCUGCUGUUUGGAAACAACCUGUCCAGCCGGCAAUGGAUGGGAACGGUUUUGGUCUUCACAGGUUUGUUUGCCGAUAUGUUCUAUGGCAAGAAAGGCGCAGCCAAUGGGAAGUCUCCUCCCAAGCCCAAGAGCGAGAUCAAUGGACUGCUAAAGUAAGUCCGACAGGACAGUCGAUAUUCAAUUUAAUUCUCGCAACUGUGAAAGCACAAACCCGUACCCACAUUUAUCAUUGAAACAAAUGUACAAUAAGUAAGAAUUUAUUAUGGAUUGAAUCCAGUCUUCAUUGCUGAAAAUCGUCAACCGAUGGUUUACCCUGUGAAAAUAAAUUAGCGCAUCUCUUAACCAUUUAUUGAAAAUAAAUGCGAAUUAUAAAUUAUUAUUUUUA